CCACCAUCAGCGACCAACCAUAGCCUCAAGCUGUCCUCAAGCCUCUCUGGGCGGCUGUGCAGUUCUGCUUCUUCCUUCUUGCGACUGUCGCCAACAAUCUCGACCGACCAGCUGCAAGAAAACGAAAGCACCAAGGCUUCCCUUCCUGUUUUAAUUCAUCCACUCCCUUUCUCAACUUCUUCUGAACUUAUUUUUCCAGCCUUUGCUUCUUCCUGCUGCCCGACAUCACCCUCGAAACCCCGUCCGCCCGUCACUAUGGCGCCGACUCUGCCCUAUCGUGACAUCAAUGUCAAGGUCGCCCCCGAUUCCUACGUAUUUACCUCGCCCUCGUCACCCGAUGCCCCCGCCCUGGUCAUCGACCGUCCCACUGGCGACCUGCGCCUGGGAGAUGCAGGCCUAGGCAAGAGAGUAUCCCGCGUUUCCAGCAUCGCCGGAAUCCUAGGCAUCAUCCAGCUUAGACUCGACAAGUAUGUCAUUGUCAUUACCAAGGCCGAGCCCGUCGGCCGCCUCAAGGGCCAUACCGUCUACAAGGUCAUCGCCACCGAGAUUCUCCCUAUGCGCGAGCGCCAGAUCCGAGACCCCGACGAGGACACAUUCAUCGGCCUGCUCGACACCUUCAUGAAGAACGGCCCCAUGUACUUCUCUUACUCCCUCGACCUCACAAACUCGUUCCAGCGCCAGGCCUCGGCCGACACCUCCCUGCCGCUCUGGCAGCGCGCCGACGACCGCUUCUUCUUCAACCGCUUUAUCCAGUCUGACCUGGUCGAUUUCCGCACGAGGGGUGCCAGGGGCCACGUCGGUCCCCAGUCCGCCGUCGACCCCUUUAUCCUGCCCGUCAUCUUCGGCAUGCUCGAGAUCCGCCCGACCACCUUCAAGGGCACCCCCGUCACCAUCACCCUCAUCUCCCGCAGGUCCAGACACCGCGGCGGUACUAGAUACUUCACCCGCGGCCUCGACGACGAGGGCCACGCCGCCAACUACAACGAGACGGAGCAGAUCACCAUCUUUAACGACUCGACCAGCACCAUGGGUGGCUUCGCCGGCAGCACCGACAUGCAGAGCGGCAAGUACGGCGCCAACGGCAAAGAGACUCAGAUCAUGGCCUACGCCCAGACCCGCGGUAGCGUGCCCGCCUACUGGGCCGAGAUCAACAGCCUGCGCUACGUCCCCAAGCUCCAGAUCCGUGGCAUCGACAGCGCCUUGCCCGCCGCCAAGGCCCACUUCGAGGAGCAGAUCCGCAUCUACGGCGACAACUACCUCAUCAACCUCGUGAACCAAAAGGGCCGCGAGCAGCGCGUCAAGACAUCGUACGAGCAGGUGGUUGAGAAGCUCGUCUCGUCCCCCAAGGAGCGCACCGAGGGCGACCGCAUCACGGACGAAAAGUUCACCGUCAUCCAGCCCGAGAAGCGCGCCGUUGAGUUCGACCGUCUGCACUACAUCUACUUCGACUACCACCACGAGACCAAGGGCAUGAAGAUGCACCGCGCCUACGCCCUCGUCGAGAAGCUGCGCGACGCCCUCGACUCCCAGGCCUACUUCCGCGCCGUUGACAUGCCAGGAUCCAAUGACGGCCGUCUCGAGCCGCGCGGCUACCAGACGAGCGUCAUGCGCACAAAUUGCAUGGACUGCCUCGACCGCACCAACGUCGUCCAGUCCAUGUUCGCCCGCCACAUGCUCGACCGCAUCUUUGAGGAAAUGGGCCUGAUGACCCGCGGCUCCUCCUUCCGCGACGAGGACCCGGCCUUUGAGCACAUGUUCCGCAACCUAUGGGCCGACAACGCCGACGUCGUUUCGUGCUCCUACUCGGGCACCGGCGCCAUGAAGACGGACGUCACCCGCACUGGCAACCGCACAAAGGUCGGCGCCCUCCAGGACGCCCGCAUCGGUGUCACUCGCUACUUCAAGAACAACUUCUUCGACGGGCCUCGCCAGGACUCGUACGACCUCUUCCUCGGCGUAUACACCCCCGGCACCGCCAACAUCGGCGGCUCCCUCGUCUUCGCCGACCGCCGGCCCAUCCUCAUCCAGUCCGUCCCCUACCUCCUCGCCUUCUCCGUUUUCCUCGUCCUCGUCGGCCUCUUCUCCAAGUCCGAGGCCGUCGUCACCAUCCGCGUCUUCAUCCUCUUCUGGCUCGCCGUCUCGGUCUGGUGCGCCAGCUUCAUCUUUAGCCACGGCAUGCUUUACGUCAACUGGCCCAAGCUCAACCCCAGACCGUGGGCCAGCGAGGGCUUCGCCGAGCACAUGUCCAAGGCCCGCAAAGAUUCCGUCUUGGGCUCCUUCGUCGCCCGUCACGAGCGCGGCCUCAGCACCGCGAGGUAUCUCAACGCAGAGGAGGGCAAGAAGAGAAUCGAAUAAGGGCAACCUUUCUCUGCCUUCUUUUCUUUUAUUUCUUCCUUUAUUUCUCUUCUGGAUUGAGGCCGAGGUCCACAAUCCACACUUGUCGCAUUUCUACUCUUUGUGUGUUGAGCACGAUUCCGUAAAGAGGUUCUUUAUUGCACCGGAUAAUGGGCCCUGUACCAACAUCCGGCAGAGAAGUCAUUACAGAACCCUCGAUUCCCUGCUUCAAUCUCGAGUAAGGAGGGUCGGGGAGCUGGUCGUUCUCAUAGGGCAUCGACAUGGGUUAGAUGUCGCAAAAAUAACGUAUUUUUUUAGAGCUGAAUAAUACUACAUCUUUUCUUCCGGUUUAGUCCCACUAGUCUUCUUAUAACUCAACCGUUGGACGCAGCAAGUGACGUGGUACAAUGCCGCCUGAGGAAACCUGAUGUUCGUUUCCUUGGCCCCUCGUGAAGAUCAUAACCAAACCCACACUCAAUGAGAGGGGGAGGGGAGAAUUCCCUCAGGCACAAUCAUUGGACGCCGUGGUGUUUCCAACCUCUGACUCUCAGGCACCACACUCAAAAGCUGAAAGGGAACGGAGAAAAUGAAGUAGGUAUGCAUCAUUAUAUAUACUGUAUUGUAAUUCCGCGCCUGGUCCGUACAGUCGGAGCAGAAGGGAACGGGAUAAAGAAAACGCCGAUCACUCUCCAAACAUACCCUCGCAGUCGCCAAGGAAGCUUAAACAAGCCAAUCCAGCUUGACCGUGUCGCGAGAGGGCGAGAAGGGCAAUAAGGGUUCGUUCUGGCGUAGUUGACACUUGGAGGGCCAGGCGGACGAACGAAUAAUAAGAAGGUGACUCGACUCCAAAGAGUCGACGAAUAGGGAAAAGAACAAUCCUCCCACUUCUCUCUCCUUCGGGUAUCAUAACCUCUCUGUACUUCCUCUCUUUCUCUCGUUUUUCUCCACUAUCCCUAUCCGUCAUCCCCCAUUUCCCUCAGAUCUCUCCCAAGCUUCAGUCCUCAUCGGGGGGUUGGGGGGUUUUUUUUUUUUUUGGUUUUCUUGUUUGUGUUUAUGUUUUGUUGGUUCUCCAGGCUCCCCAAUGCUGUAUU